AUGCAGCCCACGUCUGCCAAGUGGUAUCAUCGAAGACACUAUGUCUUCAUUGAAUUUUGUGUUGAAAACAGUAAAGAUGUUAGUGUAAAUUUUGAAAAGUCCAAACUUACAUUCAGUUGUCUUGGAGGAAAUGAUAAUUUUGAACAUUUAAACGAAAUUGACCUUUCUCACUGUAUUGAUCCAAAUGAUUCCAGUGCAAAGCUUAAUUGGCCUGGUGUGGACUUCAGUUUUUGGAAAGACUGGAAAAAUGAUUCACACGAAGACAUGUCUAAUUUUAAUUGUUUCUCUGAGAUGAUGAACAACAUGGGAGGUGAUGAGGAUGAAGAUUUACCAGAAGUAGAUGGAGCAGAUGACAAUUCACAGGACAGUGAUGAUGAAAAAAUGCCGGAUCUGGAGUAA